AAUAAUCUUAUCAAUCUAAUUCACACAAACCGUAGCCGCCAGUCAACAAGUUCUUCAUAAACGAUAAAUCAGGUGUAUUAUUCGGUUAGUUGUUAGUACAACAUCGACAAUAACAUAACGUUUUUCAACAGUUAAAAAAAAAUUUAAAAAAUGGGAAAAAUUGAUUUGUACGCAAUUGGUGGAAGCGCGCCGUGUCGUGCUGUUUUACUAACUUUGAAAGCAUUGAAUGUGCCCUUCGAAUACAAACUUGUCAACUUAUUGACAGGUGAUAAUCGAAAACCGGAAUACCUCGCCAUUAAUCCACAUGGCACGGUACCAACAUUGGUUGACGACGGUGUGAUGCUCACUGAUUCGCAUGCUAUUAUCACAUAUGUGGUUGACAAAUACGGUACUGAUGACUCACUAUACCCAAAGGAUCUAGUCCGUCGCGCCAAGGUCAAUCAAGCUUUAUUCUAUGAAGCCACCGUGGUUUUCGAUCGCACACUCCUCAGUAUUAGCAAACCGAUAUUUACUAACAACACUGUGGUUCCGGUUGCUAAAAUUGAUGCAGUCUUUAAGGUAUAUGAGCAGCUGGAAAGUUUCCUACAAGCACAUACAUACUUCGCUGGCGAACAGCUAACGGUGGCCGAUUUCUCACUCGUGGCUACGGUAACAACUUUAUUUACUUACGCCGAACUCGAUACGAGUAAAUAUCCUAAAAUCCACGAAUGGGUUAGGCGACUGGAGGAGCUGCCGUACUACGCCGAAGCGAACGGUGCUGGUUUGAAGCAAUAUAAUGAUAUUGUAAAAGCAAUUGGUUUUAAGGUUUUACGUUAAUUAAAAAAAAUUAAAUAAAA